AUGGGAGACAUUGAUGAGCCUGUAGAAGAUUACGAAACGAUGCCUCCCAUGAACGAGGAAAUGCCAUUUGAUUUAGCUAACGGCGAUCAUUUCGAUGGAAAGGAUGAACUUAACCCCCUUGAACAGGGAGAUGAAUCAGGUAAAAAUUCCGGAAUCUUCGAUUCUAAAGUUGCUGAUUCUGUAGGUAUCCCUGAACUUUCCGAAACCCCAAACUCGCAUAAUAGUUCACAAGACAUGGUUGUGAAGGAUAUUGCUGAAAUGGAUCAAUCACAUGACGAAUGCGUGAGUCCUGAAGUAGAUGCGAAUGUUGUUGCUGAUAGGAAUUCUGAAUCAGAAGAAGGUCUUUCCCAUGAAAAGAUGGAUGAAAUCAACGAGCAUAUCGAAUCGUCUGAAAAUGUGUUUGUCGUUUCUGAUUCCGAAAUUACGGGAGAAACAGUAGAUGAAGAUAAAUCUUCCGAAUCGGAAGAUAUCCACAAGCAGCCUGAUCAAACCGUGCUCGAGCCUUCAGAAAAUUAUAUCGAAAAUCACGGAAACGAUGAUGCUGAACCCGAGGAAUUAGCUGUAAAUGACCUUCAUGAGGGUUCUGAAGAUCAUGCAGACCAUGAAGGGGAACAUUCAGAUUCAGAUAAGCAAGUAAAACAAAGUUCUUCAGAAAUGGAGAUGAUGUGCAGUGAAUCACAGCAUUCCGAACAUCAAGAGACAGAAAAUAAUACCGAAAAUGAGGGAAAUGCUGAAGCUCAUGAAAAUGAAGGUCCCGAAGCUGAGGAUCUCGUUGAAACUGCCAUAUCUGAGGCCAAAAAGGCUCAGAUGGAGCACGAUUCCGAGAUUCCAGAGCAUGAUUCAAAUGAACCAUCGAGUCAAUUGUCUUCUGAAUUGGAGUUUACACCAGCAGAUAACAAAGAACCUGAAUCGGUUCCGUCAGAUGUGGAACAACAGAAAUUCACCGACGUAGGACCUACUGCAGAUGGAAACCCUGAAUUUGAUACCCAGGCUGUGGAGUCAACUGUGGAGGAGAAUUUGACUGAGCAAGUUGAUCAGGAGCCACAACAUGGUGACACGCCUCUACUAUCUGACGAAUCACUUAAGUACUCUGAUAGUGGAUCCCUUGAUACCGUAUCGAUUAAUCCGAAUGAAGAAUCAUCAGAUCUAAACGGGGAAAGUGCAGAAACAAAAGAAGUUCCAGAAAUUACUGUGGAAGAAUCGGAUUCACAAAACAGAGGUGAACCUGAGGAGGAUAAUCCGGUUGAAAAUUCACUGGUAGAAUUCAAUGAGUCGAAUGACGUGCAUGUGGGAACUGAGAGGUUAUUAAAUCUUGAAGAGAGCGUCAAACCACUGGACACUUCGAAUGAAAAUUUAGAAAGUUCUCUAGAAACACCAAAUGUGAGCAUGGAAGAAGAGCGGACACUAUCUAAAGUUUACUCUCAGGCCUGUGAAACAUGUGAGCCCGUCCUUCCUGCUUCGUGUGAAGAAUAUGAGGCAGAAAAAGUGAGUAUGAACGAAGCUAAAACCACUGAGCACGGAACAGAACUUCAGAAUAUUGAGGUUUCUUCGGAACCUGUGGAGAUUAUAAUGCCUGAUGGUGAUGCUGAAAAUUCUGUUCCGGGUAACACUACUUCCAAGCCGGAAAUUGAGCUAGAAACCAUAGAAGCUGUGCCUAUUGAAGUACCUGAACAAGAAAUCGUAUUGGAAUCUGAAUCAAUCGAAUUAUCAAAACCAAUUCUAGAAGAGGAAGUCGAACAAGAGCAAGUCUUUGAGGUGAUUGAAGCUCAACCAGAAGUGAUUAAUGAACAAGCUGUAGAGUUAGAAGUUGCCGGACCUUCAUCUAUGGAAAUUAUUAAACUGGUCCCAGAAACUGAAAAUGAGAAAAGUGAGAUUGCAGAAGUGGUAGAGCCCUCAAUCGUGGAAAAUGACGAAUCAGAACCGAAUCGCAUUGAUGAACCACAGAUAACAUCAAAGGAUGAGUCACUCAACGAAGAAGCACCUUUGAUUGAAGAGGGCAAGCAGAAUGCAUUUUCCAUGGAUAAGAACCUUGAACUAAACGGAAAAGAACCUAAUAUUUCUGAUGACGAAUUAGACUUUGAUACUCGAUAUGCUCUGUUUGUUGGCAAAGUCCUGCCUGGCCACGAGGUCUACUAUCUUCCUGGGAAUAAAAAGAAGGUCACUUUUCCGAAGGGAGGAACUCUAGACAAUCGUCAUACCAGUUCACCCCUCUGGGAUGCCUCGUUAAAUGGAAUGCGAGCAAAGUCAGCAACUCUGGAAGCUCCAAGGCAUACACGACGCAAACUUCAACCUAAACCCACUGUGAAUGAUGACCAUCUCUUUCCAGAUUCUGUUACGCCUUCUAAAGUAGAGAAGGCUCUAAGCGAAGACGAUACUAGUGCCUCAAAUGAUGGAGAAGGAGGUCGAUACGAUGUCCCCUUUAUGGAUGAUGAUGCUUUUGUUCCAAAGAAGUAUCGAAGUGUCGCAAUGGAGGAUGAUAAUUCUAGUAGUGAGUCGGAUUAUUCCAAUGAAAGGAGGGACUUAAUUGAACCACAGCAUAUAGCCAAAAUGGAUGAGACAUCUCCCCAUGCUGGUCGAACAGCAAUAGAUGGCAAACGAAAUCUUAACCAUAGAGGAGGAUCUCGAUGGUCAUUCGGUUUGAACAUUUGUGGAUGCCUUCGAAAGAGGCGAUAA